GAGGUCCCCCCCCACACACGUCAGGGGCCUUCGCUGCAGAUCAGUGUCCAUGUGAGAGCCAUGCCGAAGUCAAAGAGGGACAAGAAAAUCUCUUUAACAAAAACAGCAAAGAAAGGUCUGGAAGCCAAACAGAACCUCAUAGAGGAGUUGCGAAAAUGUGUGGACACGUACAGGAACCUGUUCAUCUUCUCCGUGGCCAACAUGAGAAACAACAAGUUGAAGGACAUCAGGACAGCCUGGAAACACAGCAGGUUUUUCUUUGGAAAAAAUAAAGUAAUGAUGAUUGCCUUGGGAAAAGGACCAUCAGAUGAAUACAAGGAUAAUUUACAUAAGGUCAACAAGUUCCUGAAAGGUGAAGUCGGGCUUCUCUUCACUAAUAAAACUAAGGAAGAGGUUCAAGAAUAUUUUAGUCAUUUUAAGGAGGUGGACUUUGCUCGGGCAGGUAACAAAGCCAACAUGACAGUGACGCUGGAUGAAGGACCCCUGGAACAGUUCCCCCACUCCAUGGAGCCGCAGCUGAGACAGUUAGGACUGCCCACUGCACUCAAGAAAGGGGUGGUCACACUGCUCAAGGACUACGAGGUGUGCAAAGAUGGAGACAUUCUAACUCCAGAGCAGGCCCGCAUUCUGAAACUGUUUGGGAUCGAGAUGGCAGAGUUCAAAGUGUCAGUAAAGUGCGUGUGGAACUCUGAAACGGGGGACUUUGAGCAGCUCGAGAGGAAUGAGGAAGAUCAGACCAUGGCGGUUGUUGAGGAUGAAGAAGCAGAGGAUGAAUAAGUGGGAAAACUAAGAUCAGCGUUUUAAGACUGAUUUGAUCUGUAUAUUGUGUCAUUGUUCAGGCGUCUCACAGCAGGGUGUCUUUUUUCCAUACUGUUAAAUAGUCCAGCACCUGUGACAUUAAUGUGUGUAAACGGUGUGUAGUAAACAGCAGGUGAAGUACAAUGUGUGAAUAGGAUACGGCUACAAAACGGUCCUCAUGAGUUCAAGUACUUUGCCUAAGUUAUUUUUUUAAACAUUUUAUUAACGCGAAAAGUGUCCUCUACUCCAGAAAAGCGUAAUAUCAUCAGAACACAGAAGAUACCAAAUAUACACGUGUUACUAGGUUUUCUUCAUGGAGAACUGGUGCACAAUUUCGGUUUGUAAAUAAGAUGGCUACGUGUGCUUUCAGUGAUGUUGCCUUGAUUGAAACA